AUGAAUUCUAAUGUCAACUUUGAGUGUUUUUUCAAUAACAAGUCUGCAUAAUUGUCGUGUGAUCAAUAUUGUUUGGAAGUGAAAACAAAAACUGAAAAUCUUAGGUUUCUCAUCUCACUGAAGCUUCAUUUCUAAUGGAUUUAUUUCGAAAGUUAAAUUCACGAAGUUCGAUUUUAGAAUUGUUCUUUGGUGGGUUCUGCUGAAAACUUGGAAAAAUUGAAAUCCAUUUUGGAUUGUAAAGUUAUGUAUUUAGGUGCAGCAGAAAUGUAUGAAUAAUAUUUAUUGAUUAAAGAAGAUGAAUAACGAAAAGUAAUCAUAAUCUUUGAUAUAUAUAAUAGGCUAUGAUAGUGAAAUCAAUCUUGAAUGGAUAGAAGUAUUUUUGUAAGGUAUAUAAAAAAGAAGUUAAAGAAAACGAGAAAAAAUUUUUAAAUGAGGUAAAAAUCUUGAGAAUGUUGAGAGAGAAUAAAAAUGUAGUCAAGAUAUUGGAAGUGUAUGAAUCAUAACAUAAUUAUUAUAUGAUAAUGGAAUAUUUGAAACAUAAACUGGAAUAAUAUUAUACUCAUGAAGAAAAUUAAAUUAUAAUAAAAGUAUAUAUAAUAGUGAAUAUUUCAAGGAGAUUUUAAAUAUUUUGGACGAUUUGAAUAAUAAAUUCAUAGUUCAUGGUUAAAUUAGCCAAAGAAGUUUCAUGUUUGAUAAGGGGAAUGUGGUCAAAUUAAUUAAAUUUAGUGAAGCUAAAAUAUUAGAUUAAGUGGAUGGAUUGGAUAUGUUCGAUCUACACAAAGUAGUUCUGUAUUUAAAUGGUCUGAGUCCAAAUACAGUGGAUUUUGCAAAUGGAAUUUAUCCAGAAAUUGCAUCCCAUGGUACUAACUUUCUGAAAAGUCUUUUGAAUAGCACUUAAUACAGAAUUAAUAUCAAGCAGGCACUUAGUCAUCCUUUUUUGUAAUGUGUUGAGAAAGAUCAUCAGAUUGCAAGAGCAGAAAUGAAUUUGAAGUUCAAACAUAGUUUUAAUAAUUUUUAAUGA